AUGAGUAGGGAAGACGUUGAAAACACUAACAAGUUACUGUUCAAAAUUUGCAUGGAAGGGGAAUGGAAUGAGGUAGUUGAUAUCUACAAGAAGAAUAAGAAGGCUCACGAAGCCAGAAUAACGAGAUCAGGGGACACUGCAUUGCACGUAGCGGUUUCUGAUGGGCAAGAGAACGUGGUCGAAGAACUAGUGAAACUGAUUUGUUGCGAGCAAGAUGAGCAUCGAAAAGCUUUGCGAAUUGGGAAUAAGAGAGGGAACACGGCGUUGCACUAUGCGGCUUCACUGGGGAGUGUGAAAAUGUGUCACUGCAUUGCUUCCAAAGCACCUUCAUUGUUGAGUAUUCGCAACGUUGAUGGUGAGACCCCUCUCUUUUUGGCUGCUCUCCAUGGCAGAAAAGAAGCUUUCCUUUCCCUUCAUUAUCAUUGCCACGCCAAUCCAAAGACUCCCAACUAUUCAAUAUGUAGAAGAAAUGACGGUGACACCAUUCUUCAUUGUGCAAUUGCCGGAGAUUAUUUUGAUUUGGCAUUCCAAAUAAUUCACUUAUACGAAGAUCUUGCAAACUGGGUUAACGAGAGAGGGUCCUCUCCUCUUCAUAUCCUGGCGAGUAAGCCUUCCGCUUUCAGAAGUGGUAGCCGCCUUCGACGGUUCGAAGCAAUUGUUUAUUACGUGACCGACCCUUUGACACGAUUUUUGAAAAAUAAGUUGCCACGAAAAGAUCAAACUGGAACUCAAGGAGACGUUGAAGCAUCGAAAGAGAUGGCUACAAAUGGAGCCGAGACAAAAUGUUCAGGAUCAGAAACAAGGGAUUCGUCGAGUCCGUUAUUUCCUGCCAAUUACAAAUGCUGUGUGGAUUUAUUCAAGUUUGCAUAUAAGCUAACGUUGGUAAUUCUUGGAAAAGGUCGCAUGUAUGAGUACGAUGACAAUGGCCGUGAUCCACACGAAAACUUACGGGGUAAAGCUCGAGAGAUAGCUCCAUCUAGUUUUGAAGGGUGGGAUGAUACUUUGGCCACUAUUACCGAGAAGCAGCAAUCUUCCACCACCAAAGGAGAGGCCAGGCAACAAAAUAAUGAUGAGAAACAUAUAAAGGGGGAGAUGCUGGAGACACCGAUAUUAAUAGCAGCAAAGAAUGGUGUGACAGAAUUGGUAGAGAAAAUCCUGGAAUUGUUUCCGGUAGCUAUUCAUGACAUGGAUGCUAAGAAGAAAAACAUAGUGCUGUUGGCAGUAGAGAACAGGCAAUCCCACUUAUAUGAGUUCUUGCUCAAAUGGAAAAACCGAAAGGAAAGUAUAUUCAAGAAAGUGGAUAACGAGGGGAACAGUGCAUUGCACUUGGCAGCCAAGUAUGGAGACCUUAAACCUUGGCGCAUUCCUGGCGCAGCGCUGCAAAUGCACGGGGAAAUCAAGUGGUACUUGUAUGUUAAGGAAUCGAUGCCACCACGUUUCUUUGGUCGAUACAACAAGGACAACAAGACUCCAAGAGAGAUCUUCACCGAAACUCACAGGGAACUCGUCAAAAGCGGCGGGGAUUGGCUGAUCAAAACCUCUGAAUCUUGCUCCGUGGUGGCAGCACUGGUUGCCACUGUGGCCUUCACCACAUCCACCACUGUCCCAGGUGGUUUUCAUGACACAACCGGUCUCCCAAUCCUCGAAGACAAGCCAGCAUUUGACAUCUUUGCCAUCUCAUCACUCAUUGCACUUUGCUGUUCGGUCACCUCGGUGGUGUUGUUCCUGUCAAUACUCACAUCUCGGUACCAAGAGAAUGAUUUCGGUAAAAGUCUUCCUAGGAAGAUUAUAUUUGGUUUGACAUCGUUGUUCAUGUCCAUUACCUCCAUGCUGGUUUCUUUCUGCGGUGCUUUUUUCUUUGUGCUCAAGGACAAAUUUAGAUCCGCUGCAUAUCCUGUAUAUGCCGUGACAUGCCUGCCAGUGACACUUUUUGCCUUGGCUCAAUUUCCACUAUACUUGGAUCUUAUAUGGGCUACUUUUAAGAAAGUACCACAGCGUAGGUACAAAACCACACUACUUUAGUUGUAAGUACGAGUAGACCAGCAUUCUAGUAGCUUCAAUUACUAUGCAUUUGUUACUAAUAGCACUCCUGUAACAUAAUCCCACAUCCUAGUUUCAAGACCAUGUUUUUAGUAAAUGUUGCUUAAUUUAGACCUUGUUGUAUUUGUUAUUUCAUAAGAGACUACAGACCUAGUGUGUGUAUUACAGUAUUUCUAUAUGCAAUAUAAAAUGUUUCUUACAGUAUUUCAAAACAUAACUGACAUUUUUUUGGGUGGAUAAAGACUGAUAGCCCCUAAUCAAAGAGUGUACACAAGGAAGAGUGAGAGAAUACAGAGGGUUAAUUCCUCAAGUACAUGUGAAUGAGAAGGUCGUGAGUGGACGUGAGGAAGAAUGUGGUAGCUUCUGAUGGCUAUUCAGACAUGGAUAAGUUGAAGAGCAAGGGAGAAACCGUUAGAAGA